CCAAGAUUUUCUUCUAGUUGUUAUUUCAUCCAUUCCAGUGCAACACUUCUUUAAGCGGAAUCAUGAGGAAAUAUUUAAUGUAUUUCAAUCUAAUAUUAGCAAUUUUAGUUAUAAAGACUUAUGCGAAUGACAUAAAUAAAGUUCUCUCUGAAUGUAAAAAACCUUAUACAUUUGUUCUUCUUGGAGCUACGGGAGAUUUAUCAAAGCGUGAAAUCUAUCCAGCGCUGUGGUAUUUGUACCAACAUGGAUUCCUACCACCAAAACUGAAGAUUUUGGGCUUUUCGCCUAUACCAACCAGCAUCGAUAGUCUAAAAGCCAAUGUCGCCCCAUUCGUUAAUAUUCGACCCGAGGAUACGGAAUUGUACAAUAAAUUCUGGAGGAUAAAUUAUUAUAUUCAAGGCUCGAAAAAUAACGAUUUGGAUUACGAUAGGAUCAAUAAGCAAAUUGAGAAAUGGGAGAACAAUGACAAGGGCAAUCGAAUAUUCUACAUGGCAAUCCCACCGUCCGUAUUCGCGAUGGCAGCUUCGCAAAUUAAAAGAGCCUGCAUGUCUCCAAAGGGAAUAACAAGAAUAGUCGUGGAAAAGCCUUUCGGCAAGGACUCUAAAAGUUCGCAAAUGCUCUCCGAUCACUUGAGUUCACUUUUCAUGGAGGAACAAAUUUACCGUAUGGAUCACUUUCUUGGUAUAGAGAUGAACCAGAACCUCCUCGCUCUGAGAUUUGCCAAUAAAAUCUUCGAGCCAACUUGGAACCAUAAACAUAUUGCCGCGGUUAAGAUCGACUUUAAAGAAAACUUUGGCGUCGAGGGUAGAGGCGCCUAUUUCGACAAAUAUGGAAUGAUCAGGGACGUUGUGCAGAAUCACCUGUUGCAAGUUGUUUCGCUCCUGGCCAUAGAGCGGCCCAAAUCUGUUCAUUCGACUGACGUUAGGGAUGCAAAGGUGGAGUUUUUGAAGAAAGUAGAUCCAAUACUUUUGAAAGACGUUGUUAUCGGGCAAUAUGUCGGCAAUCCAAGCUCGAACGAUCCUCGCGAAAGAUUAGGUUAUUUGGAUGAUCCAUCUGUGCCCCAAGGUUCUAUAACAUCGACCUUCUCUCUAACCGUGUUGAAGGUGAGAAAUGAACGAUGGUCGGGGGUGCCUUUCAUAAUCAGAGCUGGAAAAGGAUUGGCUAAAAAUGUAACUGAAAUAAUAAUUCAAUAUAAAAAUGUCACUAACGACAUUUUCAAUGGACAACUAUCGAGAAACGAAUUAGUCAUACAAAUAGUAAGGAAUAAUAAGAUGCAACUGAAAAUUAUGUCAAAAACUCCCGGAAUGUCGAGCAAUCUUGAAAAAAUAGAAAUUAAUUUUGAUUACAGUAAAGAAUUUAAGAAUAAAGAUAUUCCUCAAGCUUAUUCCAAUCUGCUAUUGGAUGUAUUUUCUGGCUCGCAAAAAUAUUUUGUUCGUACUGAUGAACUGAAGGAGGCCUGGAGGAUUUUUACUCCCAUAUUACAUCAAAUUGAAAACAAAAAGAUUCGGCCAAUUCAGUACAAAUAUGGUUCAACUGGACCAGCGGAAGCUGAUGUAAUAGAAAGGAGAUAUAACUUUUUAUAAGAUUGUUUUUAAACGGAAUGAAUUUAUGAACUUUGAAGCUUUGGCAGAAUCAAAUUAUGAAAAUUUUUAACCAUAAGUUCUUUUAAAUUUCUAACACUUAGA